UUAAAUUUAAAAAAUAUGGAAAAUUUACAAAUUUUUUUAAAUUUGGAUAUAAAAGACAUAGAUGAAGAAAGGCAAAAUGAAUUGUAUAAAACGUUAAUAGAGUCUGAUGUGAAUAGUCAUCCCAAAAAGUAUUUGCGGAAAACCUUACAACUUGCAUUAGCCAGCCUCAAAUUUAAAGGGAAAGAAGUAGAUUUCCUUAAAGAACAACUAGAAAUUAAGUCUGCAGGUGAUGAAUCUGGAAAUGAUGCGCUUAUAGAAGAAAUAGAACGGUUAAAAUUUCUAAUUGGAAAGUUGGAGUCAGAAAAGUCCUCAUUAAAGAUAAAACUUGAAGAUAUGAAUGAAGAAAUGACCAUUUUACAAAGUCGUAUCCACGAAAUUUCAAUUAAUGAAAGUGAUAGAGAUUCGAAUGACCCUUUGUCGGAAUUAGAUAAACAAGAAGAACUUUUGAAGAAAAUUAGUACAAAAAAUAAACACAUUAAAAGGUUGAUACGUGAUAUCGAGUUACUUCAAAUGCAAAAUAUUGAACAAUCUAAAAUUAUAAUUGAAAAAGAGCAAAAUGCACAAACAAUUGCUUCCGAAAAAAUAGAAUUACAAAGUCAACUCUCAGUUUGUGAAUAUGAAAAAAACCAAUUGAAUGAGCAUAUAAAAGAAUUAACUUUAGAAAUUACUAGACUGGAAAACAACUUAACAUAUUUGGAAGAAGAACGAGAAAGGGCUGAUUUUGAAUUAAAAGAUUUCAUUGAGAAGUUAGAAGAAAGGGCACGAGCUUGGAGAAAACUAAUAGAUGAAAAGGAGAAACAAUUAGAUUCUAUAAAACAAAAAUACGAAUUACUUAGAAGUGAAAAUCCAAAAAAACUAAAUAAUGCAGAACAAGAGCAUGAACUCGAAAAGCUGGUUGAGGCAAUUCAAGAACGUGAUGGAGUUAUAGAAGAAUUAGAACAAAAAAUUAAAAAUAUGGCUGAAGAAAUGAUAUCUUCAACUAAAUUAAUGAAUCAAAUAUCUGCCGAAAGGGAGGCAGAGAAAAUUAAAGAUGCAAAAAAAAAUCGAAUAUGUUGUAAAACCACACAAAAUUCGUUAAAUUUAUUACAAGAACGUUAUAAAGAACUUUCUGAAAUGAUGGAAAAAGUCGAAGAAGACAACAUUUUGAAGUCUAAACAAACCGCAUCAGUUCUUAAGUCCUUGGGAGAUUUGCAAAAUGGUGACGACGUUAUUGGGAAUUCUUUACGAAAAAUAUCUCAUCUUGAACGUAAAUUAGAAUCGAGAGAUAAACAAAUCAAAGCAUUAAUAAUGGAAAUUAACUCAUUACAUGAACUAUCACAAGAAAAUUCGGUUUUAAGAAAGAGAUUACAUAUUUCUGAAGAUGAAAUAAUUUUAACUAGCAAUUUAGCAGCAAAACAGCGCAAUAAAGAGAAAGUAAUGGAACGUUUAACAUUAAAGUUUAGGGCAUCUGAAGAAAUGAGGCUUCAAUUAAAAUUAGAAAAAACUGAAUUGAAAAAAGAAAUAUUGGACCUUAAAAAGAAAUUGAACGAUGUGAAGAAUUCAAAUAACUUGCAUGUAGAUGAAGGAUUUGUCGAAAAUAAAAAGGACACCAAUGAAAUUCGAAAAGAAAUUUAUUGCGACAAUUGCUUAAAAAAUAUCCAAUCUAUACCUAAUCAAGAAAAUAUUAUGAAUGACGUUAUUAAAGAAUGGGAGAAUAAAUACUCGGAAGUAAUUGAAGAAAAUGAAAACCUUCGAGUAGGAAUGCAUGAAAUAUUAGAAAAAAUUCGUGACUAUGACGCGUCAUCUGACCAUAUAACAAUUGACUGUAGUAUAUUGGAAAGAGUAUUACAUGCUUUGGAUGCGCGUAGUAUUAGCGGAUGGUAUCAUCCGGCCAUGAGAAUUCAAAAUGAAUUAAUUGCAGUAAAGGAAAGGGAGUAUGCUCUUAAAGAGAAAAUUCAGUAUGUUGAAAAAGCAGUAAAAACCGUUGUCGGAGGAAAAAUAGAAGAAAAAAUAAAAUUGUCAGAUAAAGAGCAAUCUUCAAUCGAACACGCACCAAGUGAGACUCGUGAAAUCAUUGCUGAAUUACCUUCAAAUACUAAGGAGGAACUGCUUGAAAUGAAUAUUGAUGAAGAAGAAUUGGGCGAAAUUUCGUGUUUGAAUAACCAAAUUGAAAAAACUAUUGAGUCGGAAAAAUCAACUGAAAGUAUUAAAAAACAACCAACUGAUUUUCUUACAAUGGUAGUUGAAAGAUCUUUUGAACAAGAAACCUAUAAAAAAGAAUUAGGAAAACUAAUUGAUAAAAACCGUAAUCUACAAUUAGAGAUUGAAGCUUUAAGAACUUAUAAAAUUCAGUUUCUUGAAAUGUUGGAAGAAAUGAAAAAAUCUGAAAAAGAAAUUGUUGGUUAUUGUUCAUCUAUAGUAGAACGCAGCACCGAUUCAGAAUUAAAAUUAAAAAAUUGUAUAAAAAAGUAUGAGUUUUUAAAAGAGGAUUUUGAUAAAACCCUGACCGAUUUUAAAUUUUCUGAAAAUAUUAAUAUUUCAUUGAUUUCGGACUUAAAAAAACAAAUCAAUAAUAAAAAACAUGAAAUCAAUUUAAUUAAGUUAGUUGAAAAUAAACGGAAACUAUCCCAUGUACCUAAAGAUGAAAUUUUAGUUUUAAAAAAGAAGUACACCGAAAUUUCAAAUCAAUUAGCUAUUUUAAUGUCAACCUUUUUUAAAGACAAUGAAGGUCGAAGCUUGAUUGGAGGAAUAAGUAUUAAUAUGGGUAUAAUAAAAGAUGAUAUGCAAUUAGAUUUUAUAACAUGGGAGGAAUUUGAAAAUUUAAAAAACUAUAAUAAAAUAUUGCAAGAAGAUAAUAACAAUUUAAAGUUGAAUUGUAAACAACUAGAAGAAAAUAUAAUAAUUAACCAAGAACAGAUCAAAUCCCAGCAAAAACUUAUAUCUGAAAUUACUGAUAAUCAUAUUGAUCUGAGACAUCUAGUAGCGGAUUUACAAAGUUCCAGUGAAGAAAAAUUUCUUGUAACAAAAGCUUAUAGAGAUUUGGAAAUUUUAAAAAAGGAAAACAAUAGGUUACGCCAGGAAAAAGAAAAUUUAGAGAAACAAGUUGAAGAUGAAAAAGGAAAAUCGGAAAAUUUGACUGAGCAAAUGAAGGAAAGUCAAGAAAAAUUUGAAAAACAAAGCUACAAUAAUGAUCUAAAAAUAGAGUUUUUAAAAAAAUUUGUUUUUGAAUUCCAAGAAAAGUAUUGCAAGUACACACCAUUAAUUUAUCUAACGAACUUUGCUUUUGAUUAUGCAAAACUUUGGAAUAAAUAUAAAGAUACUACACAAAAUGAAGAUGAAUAUUUAUCGAAAAUUAACGAUAUUGUAAAAAAUAAAUUGAAAAGUGUGGAAAAAUCAAAUGAGUCUUCAGAUAUCAUAAAGUUGAUUCAAUGUGAAGUCAAAUGUAUUUUCCUAGAAGAUCAAUUGAAAUUAAUUAAAACAAAAUUAGAAAACACAGAAGGGGAAUUACAUGCCUUACAAAUUAAGGUAAUCGAAGAUAAUCAACAAUGUAAAACAAUUCAAGCUCUAUUCGGCAAAGACAGACCCUUUAUCGAAACAAAAAAUAAAAUGAUACAAACAAUCGAGACAGAGUGUAAAGAUGCCGAAUGUAACACUGAUAAAAUGGAAGAAAUCAUUAUUGAAAAAUUUGUAGAAAAGGAAGUACCGAUACAAAUACCACCGCAAAAAUCGGAUUUUCAGUCUCAAGCUCCAACUCCAACAAUAAGACGCUCUUUGGAAAGGCAAGAUACAGUAAUAAUUCAAUCUUCAGCACAGAAACAAUCAAGCAUUGAAAAAAACAAAAUAAAUGAAGAAAUCUUAUUGCUUGAAAAUCAAUUGCAGCAAGCAAAAAGUCUUGCCUCAAAAAGAAGUGCCUUGUUAUUAGAUUCCGAAAAUAAAUUGGCUGAAGCUAAUGGAAAACUCAAGGAAAUGGAAAAAAUAAUUGAAAAUCUGAAGAGAACUGUUAAAACCGAAAAUUAUAACACUGAAAAAAAGAAUUCAGGAAUAAUUGAAGCCACAAUCACAUCACUUCAGUCAUUACUUUCAGAGAAGGACGUUACUUUAAAACACUAUCAGGAAUUGCUCAAAACUGAACGCGAACAACACUUAAAAUCGUGUGAAACAUACGAAAAGGAAAUAAAAUCAUUGAAACAGAUACAAAAUGAACACGAAAAUAUAUUGCAAAACAAAAAUACGGAAAUAUCUGAAUUAACAAAGCGGCUGGAAGCACUAAAUCGAAAAAACUCUUUAAGAAAUGGUAAUAAUGAAAGCGGAAAAAUAUUAAAUAAUGAAGAAUUUGAUCAAAAUUGUGAUAACAGCUUAAACGAAAUUUCGGAUGAAAAAAUUGAGGAAAUGUUUUUAGAUGAAAGCAAAAGUUUAACACUUCCAUCGGCGACUCACCUCUUCAUGAAUUUACCUAAUUUAGAUGAAUGUCCAGUUAAACAAAUUCACCAACUUCAAUCUCAAAUUCGUGAAUCCAAAAGUCGAGAACUAUUUUGGGAAAAUUCCGUAAGAGCUAAGGAUGAAGAAAUAUUUCUUCUUAAAGAAAAAAUAAAUAUAUUGCAGGAAAGGGAAAAACCAGAGAUUUCCAGUGCAGAAAUAGAUCAAUUAAAAGUUCUUUUAGAGGAAAAAGAUAAACAUAUCAAUGAUUUAAUGGAAACAUUGGCAAGCUUUCAUGACGAUCAACAAACUUUCCUUAACGAAACUUCUUUAUAUUCCGCUGAUCAAAUGACUCAACUUGGAGCUAAUCUAAACCGGUGCGAAGCAACUAAUAAGAUUUUACAAGCUCAAUUGGAUGCAUUAAAAAAACAAUUAGCUACACUUUCACAACGAGAAAAACAAUCUAGGGACUUAGCAAAUUCUCUGCGGAAUCAAUUACUCAAAAGACCAGUUCUUUCUAUUAAAUCUGAUGUAAAUUCCAAAAACAAAAAUGAACAACAAAAGCGAAUUCAACAUUUAGAAAGCGAGUUAGAGGCUUGCCGAAAGCAAAUUCUACAGCAACAACAUAUAAUAGAAACGAAACGAGCUAAAAAUGCAAAUGAAGUCAAUAUGUGGGAGAAACAAAAGCGACAUCAGCAAAAUGCUGAAAGGCUAAAACUGAAAUUAGAAGAAACUGAAAAGAGUCUCGAAAAAACAAGGAGUUUGUUAAAUGCCGCGAGAACGACUAUAAAUAGGUUGGAAAAAGACAAAAAUGCUUUACAAUCUGCCACAUUAAAAGGGACACAAGCAAUUCAUUCGUCUAACACUGAUACAUCUUCUUCUCAUAAAUGUUGCCAAAAUCCAUCAUGCCCUAAUUUUCAGAUUGUGAAAAUUGGUCACAAUUUUGAUAGUGUUGAUAAUUCUACCAAUUGUCAAAGUGAAUGCAGUACUGAGAGGUUGCGAGACAACAACAUUUCAAUGGACUUCGUUGAUGAUUUGAAAUCUAAAAUAGAAAUCCAGAAACGCCGCAUUUAUGCUUUAGAGCUAGCUUCGAAGGGCUCAAAUACAAUGGUUUCUGAGGUUGAAAAACUUCAGGAAAGAAUUUCUGCUAUGGAGGCGCAAAAUAUAAGAUGGGAAGCAAAAAAUCUACAACUACAAUUAGACUUAGAUUUAAUAAGACAAGGAGACGAAAAUGAAAGAAAUAAAAAAAGAAUUAAAUAUUUAGAAGAUUAUAUAUUAGCUUUAAAAGAGGAACUUGCUCAAGCUGAAGCAAAGAAAAACUAUUCCAUUCCACAUGACAACAUUAAGAAAUCAUCAAAUACUCAGGCAGAACAAACAAUUUUAGCAUUAAAAAGAAUAAUUGAACGCCUUAAAAUCGAAAAUAAAACAUUGAAAGAAGGACGGUCAUCUUAUUACAGUUGCAGAAAUGAUGAGUCCUCUGCAGGAGAGCUCUUAAGACUAAAACAUCUUUACGCUGAAGCAAUGAAUAAAAUAUCAACUCUUCAAGUAGAGCUUCAAUUGAAAACUAAUUGUCCUAAUUCAAAUAAUGGUGUAACUAUACAGGCUGGAGACGGGGACUUUAUGCAUGAGCUAAGGUAUAUAAAGGAGCAAUUAAUCAAGAAAACUCAACUUCUAGAGAAAGCAAAAAUUUUGUUAACAAGGGCUGCUGCUAAGGAAAAAAGUUUGAAAGAUCAACUAGCAUUAUGGAAACGCAAGUGCUCCGAACUUCAAAAUGUUCCAGUAAUAGAUGAAAUUAGCGAGUAGAAGUAUAUGUGUUGUAUUAUGCCUUGUUUAAUUUAAAGUAAUAUACAUAUUAAAAAAAAUUUAAUAUAA